CUUUCAUGACAUCAGCUACUUCUCUUGUAAAAACAAGGUAACCAAGACCCAUACAUCAUUUUUCCCUGAAGACAGCAAUAAUGAGGGCUGGUUUAUCUUCGCUGUUUUUCAUGCUUUGCCUCUUGGGUUCAUGGGCUCUUGAGGUGCGAGCAAGUGAAGGAGGGGAGACCAAACCCCACAAUUCCCUGCCUAACAAAAAGCAGCCUCUGGACCCUUAUACCACAGCUGAUCAGUCAAAUUGCAAGACCAGCAACAACCCUGACAUUUGGGAGGAGAUGACAGUUCUGAGAGACAUGGUGAUGGUGCAGAAGAUGGAGCUGUUGAACAUGGAAAGCAGACUGAGGGUGACAGAGAUACAGGCAGACGAGCAGAAGUUGGAUCUUUCCCUCACUAAAACCAGCCUGGAGGAGCUGAAGAGAAAUUACACUGCCAUGGAGGAGAGUCUGAGGACCAGCGAGAAGCAAGUGGAAGAGCUGAAGAAAGUAAACAUGGAGCUGAGGGUUGAUCUUAAAAACCAGACAGCUGAACUUUUGUCCCUAGAAGCCAGAGUGGCAGUCGGUGACAGUGAGCUACAGCUCGUAAUGUGUAAGAUGGAUGACUUGCAGGCUCAGAACACAGCUCAAGAAGCUGAGGUUACAUCUUUAACAGGCAGGAUGAACACUAUUGAGCACCGAUUGGAUAGUCUAAUCAAUGUAAGUGCAAAGGUGGCAUUUUAUGCUGCUUUGACAAACUCAGCAGGUGUAGGGCCUUACAAUACUGCAACAGUCCUAAAGUUCAGCAAGGUCUUCACCAAUGUUGGUAACAGCUACAGUCCAAGAACUGGUUACUUCACUGCACCAGUGAAAGGAGUGUACUAUUUCAGAUUUACUAUAUGUGGUCAUACAAGUGAUGGAAGCAUGGGAGUUCAACUAUUUCAUAACGGGAAAUCCAUUGUUUUUAAUUUGCAAAGCAAGUAUACUUCGGCUUUUCAGUACCUGUCAAAUGCUGUUAUUCUAGAGCUGAAUGUCGGUGAUGAGUUACAUUUGGUCCUCCCAGAGCAGAAUGCAAUCUAUGAUAAUGUUAAUAAUCACAGCACAUUCAGUGGUUUCUUGCUUUUCAAUAUGUGAUGUCAAUCCAAUCCAAUUUGAAACAAUCCAUCAAAAUGUAAUACAUGAAGCACCCUGACUCUGUUUGACCUGAAUGGAACAGAACCUUAAUUAGUAUUAGCAUUGGUAAAACCUGUGUUUACCCCACUAUUUCAUAUUAAAAUUGCAGCUGUGAAAAAGUCUAAUGUGUGCUCUGUUUUGUGAAGCCUAUGCCGUCAAUCUAAAAUAUUUACAAUGUGUUACAAUCAGCAUGUCUUUAUAAUCAAAUAAUAAUAAUCCAAAUAAAUCUCUAAAUGUA